AUGAAACAACUAAUUCAAUUCGGUCAACCGCCACUGAGCACCGAAACAUUACUACAGUCUGCACGAUAUACACGAUCAAAAUUGCCCGUUCGGCUGGCUAGACGGGUGAAAGCGUUGCAAAAUUUACCGUUUAUUGUAGGCACGAAUCCCUACAUUAAAAGUGUUUAUCAAUUGUAUUUUAAUUCUUUUGAGAUUAUUCGUGGUUUUCCCGAGAUCACGAGCAUCGAAAAAGAUUCAGAGUUUGCCGCGCUUUUAAAAGAAACUGUCGAUUCACAUGCAGAGAAUAUUCCUACAUUAGCAAAAGGUUUUCAAGAAUGUAAAAAAUACAUGAAGUCGGAUGAUAUAAAAUUAUUUCUAGAUGAUAUGAUUCGGGCACGUAUUGGUAUCAGACUAAUCGCCGAGCAACAUAUUGCAUUACAUAACGCUCAUGAUCCAAAUUACAUUGGAAUUAUAAAUACACGUACGCAACCUAAAAAACUAAUCGAACAAUGCGCGAAAUUUGUACAAGAACUAUGUGAAGUUCAUUAUGGCUCUGCCCCGGAAACAAUAAUCGAUGGACAAAUAGACACCACGUUUACGUAUGUGCCGGUGCAUCUCGAGUAUAUUAUCUCGGAGGUAUUAAAAAAUUCGUAUCGUGCAACAGUAGAAUAUAGUCAAAAGAUUAAUCGAUAUGAUUUACCGCCAAUUCAAGUCACCAUAUCUCAAGGAAAGAAUAGUAUUGGAAUUCGUGUAAGAGAUCAAGGUGGUGGUAUUUCGGCUAAAGAUUUGCCCUCGAUUUUUGAUUAUUCGUUUACCACUGUGCCACAAGAUGAUCAUGAAAAUCAUCCGUCAGAUAAUAUUCUUGUGGGCGUCUCGACAAUGGCUAUGCAAGCUGGAGUAGGAGGACCAAUUGCUGGAUUAGGAUAUGGUCUUCCACUGGCACGUAUUUACGCACAAUACUUUGGAGGCUCGAUAAAUUUGAUGUCUUUAUACAGUCGUGGAUGUGAUGUAUUUAUACGUCUCAAACAAAUUGAUGAAUCUAAGCAAAUUUAA